UAUCAUUUUUGGUGAAUGUACAUUUCAGAAGGUUCGAUCGUUAAAUGAUGAAGUUCUUUUGCAUCGUACUGUUCCUGCAAACAUUGUCAUUUAUAUGGGGUAAUCGUAUGCCUAGCUUCUAUAAUUAUCCAAGGACAACCAAAUUGAAUAUUUCAUAUUGUCAAAAUAUUGCUAACAGCGUAGUUACCAGCGAUGAUUGUGGAGCCUCAAUUGAUUGUAGAGGGACUGCACGCUUUGUGUCUUGUCUACAAAGUAACAGUGGUUCAAAACUGAAUGGUUCGGCGUGUUCAGAAACCGCCAGCUCUGAAGAAUGUUCAAGAAAAUUACAAGAGAGACAACAAACAUGUUCUAGGAGAAAUUCGGGUUUACUUCCGGAUUCUAAAUUUUGUCAUCUGUAUUACGAUUGUUCUGAUCCUGCUAAAACGAAGAUUUGUCAGUAUCCUAAAUUAUUCUCAACAAAUACGAACACAUGCCAAGACUUCAAGAAUGUCAAGUGUGGAUCCAGGAUAGAGUUUAAAUCUUACUGUCAAUACUAUCCACACCCUUAUGGAAUUCGUGGCGCACCCUGUGAGUUCCAUCAUCCAAAUUGCGAAGGAUAUCCAGACGGAGCCAAUCCUCAUGCAGUAAAAACUGGAUCACAUUGGUACAUGCUUUGCAAGGGCGAACGAUUUAUAAAGGAAGGAAUCUGUCCAAACGCCCGAUAUGGUUUCAACAAAAAGUCAUGUCAGGUUGUUGAAUGUAACCAGAAUAUAAAUAAGUACUACCCUUCUGAAUGGUGCAGGGGUUAUAUUUGGUGUUACUAUGGGAGACAAUUCCAAUACAAUUGUGCUAUCGGUACGGUAUUUGAUAACAAACGCCAGAGUUGUCAGCAUGUCUACGAUGUCUGUAAACCUUGUGGAACUAGAACAUGUUGAUUACCAGAAAGAAGCAGGACGAUAUAUCUUGAUCUAACUCUGCGGAGGAAAAAGUUUCUGUGUCUAUAAUUUUAUCUUUAUUACCAAUUAUUAAGAAAUGCUGUCGUCUUUUAAUAUAUUAUAUAUGUAUAUAUAUAUAUAUAUAUAUAUAUAUCUUUAUUUCAAAUAGACAAGACACCUUUACAAUAGAAAAUGCCUAAUAAAUAAUAUACGAAAUACAUAUUUAGCAAUGUACACAUACACCUUUGUUGAUAAUUUAUAUAAAUUUACAAACUUUGCUUUUUAAUGUCAUAAUCCUCUUAUAUUCAUUGAUAAUAUCUGCGAAAAUGAUAAUGUGACAUAUAAAGUUAUCUGAUUUUGUAUUUAAUUUUAGUGAAAAAUUAAAUUCGUUGCCAAUAUUACUUUUGUUACUUACAAUACAAGCUCAAUUAUUAUUUCUAUCUAUAUUAUUCCAUCUACCCUGUUCAAUGGACAGCCUGUGAUUUAUUGUUUUAAAUCUAAUCAAUAGUAAGUAUGUUCCCAUUUUUCAAAAUAAUUUUCUUUAACAUUUUUUUUAUAAAUCUUUAUAGGUAUGUAGUUUUUGAUUAAAUAGCUAUAUAGUACCAGACGUGUUCAAACUGAUCUUAGUGUCUGAGCUUGAUAAGUGAAACUAACCGUCCACAAUUCAUGAACUAAACUUGAUUUUCAGCCACAUUGGGUGCAACACAUUCCGUUAGAAUUGUCUUUAUUCUGUAUAACCAAGAAAAAUUUACAUCUUCGUUUAUAGAACAAUUCAUGUUAAGUAUACGAGGUUUAUUUUCCACCAAAUAAAUCAAUCUAGUUUUGUUCUCCAAUUUCACAGGAUAUCUCACCAACUCCCCGCAAAUGUUGAUGUUUUCAGAAUUAAUAAUAACUAACAACAUUUUUGAUGUACCCUUUCAAAACUUCCGAUAAUCUUCAAUCAAUUGCAUAAACAUAUCUACAAGCACAACAAUAAAAUAAAUGAAAUUAAGAAAAGAAAGAACACCCCCAAAUAAUGAAAAAAAAACAAAACAAAUAAAAACAUAAAAAUAUAAAAAUAUGAUAAGAUAAAAUAAAUAUAUGACGAAAUAGAAAUAAUUUUCCUUCUAUUUUAACACAAUUUGUAGUCUAGUAUAAAAUCUCAUCAUAUUUAUUAUUAAUAGAUAUAACUUAAAAGUAAGUUCUCUAUAUCAUAUGGUUGUUAUAGUUAUCUGAAGUUUAAAAUGUGAUACAUCUAAGAAGGUUGUUAUUGUUAUUUGUAACAUAAAUAUGUAAUAUAACUUUAAUAAAUACACACUCUAUCUCUA